GAGGGAAGGGACAAUGCAAUUUAAUAAAUGCACAUGGUUAUAGCUUUAUCAAAGUUAGCCAAACGGGUAUUUAUUGUCUGCAUCGUCUGGUCUUCUUAUUCGGAACCAUUUAUUGUCCCCUUUUUUCCUGAGGGACACCUAAACACAUCGCCAACGUUCGCGGGGCAUUCUGGGACUUUAUGUAAAUCCAACAUGGCGGCCGCCUGCACCAGAGCGCUCUGUAAGGUCGGCGGUGGUAUUUUGGAGUCUCCAGCCGCCCGCCGGUUCGGUACCGUCUCCUCCUUCCUGGUGGGGAAUGUGUGCUCUCGCGGCUCCGGGAGGGCGUACGGUACCGGAGGGCACCGGUCCCAGCUGCUGUCCUCUCUGCGGACCGGGGCAGGAGGUGGAGGCGGCGGCAGGGUGCUGGGCUGCGCCGUCCUGCUCGGCGGAGGUUUGGGUUUGUACCACACGGUGAAGUUCAGGCUCCAGCAGCACCUGGCCGAGGAGGAGACCAAGGUCUCAGGAGGAAGAGCAGGAGGUCCGGCGCUGACCCUCUACCAGUACAAGACCUGCCCGUUCUGCAGCAAGGUGCGAGCCUUCCUGGACUACCACGGGCUGCCGUACGAGGUCGUGGAGGUGAACCCGGUCAUGAGGAAGGAGAUCAAGUGGUCGGUCUACAGAAAGGUGCCCAUCCUGAUGGUGGAUACCGACGUGCAACUGAAUGACUCGUCCGUCAUCAUCAGCUCCCUCAAGACGUAUUUAAUCAGCAAAGAUAAGAGCGUGUCGGACAUCCUGCGCUGCUACCCGGAGAUGAAGUCUGUGAACGAGCGCGGGAAGGAGGUGACGGAGUACAGCAACAAGUACUGGGUGAUGCUGGACCAGGGCGAGGCCACGGCGCUCUACCCCGACAAGGGGAUGCAGAAAGAGGAGAUGAAGUGGCGUCAGUGGGCCGACGACUGGCUGGUGCAUCUCAUCUCUCCCAACGUGUACCGGACCUCCGGCGAGGCCUUGGCCUCCUUCGACUACAUCGUGCGGGAGGGCAAGUUCGGCCCUUACGAGGGAUUCUUCGCCAAAUACGUGGGCGCCGCCGCCAUGUUCCUCAUCGCCAAGCGGCUGAAGAGUCGACACAACCUGCAGGAGGACGUGAGGCAGGAUCUCUACAAGGCCGUCAACGAGUGGGUGGCGGCCAUCGGCAAGAAGAGGAAGUUCAUGGGCGGAGAUCAGCCCAACCUGGCCGACCUGGCGGUGUUCGGCGUGCUGCGGGUGAUGGAGGGCCUGCAGGCGUUUGACGACAUGAUGGAGAACACAAAGGUCAAACCCUGGUACCGCCGCAUGGAGAGAGCGUCUCUCAACCACGAGGGACGAGCCUGAGCCCCCCCCCCCCACAAA